CUCCUGGAGAGCGAAACGUUGCCACAAUAAUGUCACAUUAGUUGUACUUGUGUCCUUUUACUUUACAUAUUGUCGGUAAUUCUACCAACUUUAUUACAAGUUAUGCUGGUCACUACACAGCCUCUAAGUUCACUUAUAACUUUAGCAAGGUGAACGUGAGACCAGCUUCCUGGUUAAUUCUGUAAAUAGCAUCAUAAGACUACAAAUGAUUUAUAAGUCCAUAUGCCGGAGGCCAAGCACAGACAUGUUGCGGAGGGAGAUCCGCAUGAGAAGAUACCGACAGUUCCUCCUCCUGAGUACAGAGUUACAAGACCCUGCAGAUCCAUUAUCCAAAUAUACCACACAAGAAUUUCAAAAUAUAUACAGAAAGUUGUCGGGGAUCAACAUGGAUUACAAGUGAGUCAACCUACAGUAUGCCGAACCAUCCACCGUGUAUCGGAGGCCUUGGCCAAGCGCUACAGUCAAUUUGUUACUUUUCCCUCUGUUGCUGAAGCUGCAGAUGUGCAUACCAAGUUCUAUGAGGUAGCUCAGUUUCCCAAUGUUAUUGGAGCCAUCGACUGUAUCCACAUGCGGAUAUCUAACCCUGGAGGCGCGAUGGCAGAACAAUGCAAGAACAGCAAAGGUUGGUAUUCAGUAAACUGUCAAGUGGUAGUUGGUCCCGAUUUAAGAAUUUUAACAGCCAUUGUUCGCUGGGGAGGCAGUGUACCAGAUUGGCAGAUAUAUGAGAAUUCUAGACUAAAACAAGUACUGGAACAGGGAGAGUAUGGUCAUCUUGUGGGAGAUUCUGCUUACCAGUGUCAGCGCUAUUUGUUGACCCCAGUUAUCAACCCUGUGACACCAGCAGAAAAGUGUUAUAAUCGAGCUCACUCUUCAACUAGGAGAAAAGUUAAACGUGUAUUUGGAAUGGUGAAAAGGCGGUUCCAGUGCACAAGUCAAGAACUAAGGUCCAAUCCUAAAACAUCUUGUGCAAUUAUCUUAAGUUGCUUUGCCUUGCAUAACUUUGCACUUGAGCGACAAGGGCCGCCUGAUGACUCUGAAGCUCUUUAUGCCCCUGAUGACAGUCCCCAAGACAGAUUUAUUGGGGACGAUGACCCCGAAGGAGAAUCAUAUCGUCAGCAUAUAAUUUAUGAGUGGUUCAGCCAUGAUCUCUCAGGAGUGUCCUACCAGACUGAUGAUGGAAUGUGUAAAACACAAGGAUGGUGAUAGUUGAUCCAGUUCACAUGGACAGGUUAUGGUAUUGUCUUGGUAUUUAUCUUCAGCUAUGGCCACCAUUUUCUGUAUCACAUUUUUGUUUAUAGGUGUAAUUUUUUGGUAAAUAUAUAAUAUAAAUUGGUGAUAGCCCUA